AUGAGGAGCCCAUCUUCAGCCACAAUAAGCCACUUCAGCCACCCACACCCUCUACACCUAACCAACCCUAAAACAUCUCGUAUUUGUUCAGCCUGCAAGAAAACCCUAGAAACCGAACCACUCUACACAUGCAGAUCACCCUCAUGCACCACCACCUUCUCCCUCCACCUCAAAUGCUCCCAACUGCCUCAAACAAUCACCCACCCUUGCCACCACCACCACCACCCUCUCACCCUCCUCCCAAUAUCACAAAACCCUAAUGGUGUUUUCACGUGCAACGGUUGUGGCAAACAUGGUGAUAGCUUUUUGUACAGCUGCAAAGACUGUGGUGUUAAUAUCCAUGUGGCGUGUGCUAAGUUACCGUUGUUGGUGUCUCAUAGGAGCCACUGUCACCAGCUUAAUCUUGUGUUUUCGUCACCGUAUGGGAAUGAUGCGUUUCGCUGUGAUGUGUGUGGUGUGGUUUGUGGAAGUAAGUGUUGGUUGUAUAGAUGUGGUUUGUGUGGGUUUGAUGCUCAUGUGUUGUGUGUGACAUCUAAGGUAAAAAAAGUGGUUGCUGGAGCUGGAAGAAGUAGUAGUAGUAGUAGUAGUACUACUGAUCAGUUUGAGAAGUGGUUUGUGGAGCAGGUGAAUAAUAAGAGAGACCAAAUUCUGCAAGAAAUCAUGGGUGGUGGUGGUGGUGGUGGUGGUGGUGGUAACAUGAACAACCCGUUGCUUCAACCGAUGAUGGGUGGUGGUGGUAGUGAUUACAAUCAGAUGUUACAAGCUAUGAUGAGUGGUGGUGGUGGUGGUGGUGGUAAUUACAAUCAGAUGCUACAGGCUAUGAUGAGUGGUGGUGGUGGUGGUUACAAUCAGUUGCUACAAGCUAUGAUGAGUGGUGGUGGUGGUGGUGAUUACAAUCAGAUGCUACAGGCUAUGAUGAGUGGUGGCGGUGGUGGUGAUUACAAUCAGAUGCUACAGGCUAUGAUGGGUGGUGGUGGUGGUAUGGAUUUAAGUUCGGUUCUUGGAAACUUUGGUGGAUUAAUGGGUGCUGGAUUUGGAGGUUUUGGCUUUUAA